UAAAGAACAAACGCCAGCAAGCUUGGACAUCGACCGCGCAUCACGGCCUUUGGGACUCUGUGCGCAUCACAGCAUCCACUUGCUCCAGGUCGAGCUGACCACAUCGACGCUCUGGAAGGGCAAUACAGCCAGCAUGCCGCUCUACGAGCUCUUCUGCGUCGCCGCCUCAUCGGCCGAAUCGGCACCGAUCAGAGAUCUGGUCCGAACCACUUCGUCGUUGAUUCUGGAACAUGGAGGCGCUGUCAGGGGUGUGCAGUACUGGGGAAGGAGAGUCUUGCCACAAAGGACGAGGAGGCAUCAGGUUUGGCAUUCACAAGGAGAUCAUUUCUUUCUCCAAUUCGACACAAAUCCCAGGGUGCUCGGCACGCUUUCAUCCAGGUUGAGGGCAGAUCCUCGCGUGAUAAGAUGGACGACGCUCAAGCUGGGCGAGAGGCUGGAUCAGAUCUCUCCUGAUCCUGCUAGAGCUAGACCGACCGGCUACGCUUCGGACGCUGGGCAGAUGGGUGGGAACAAUACGAUCCGAUUCAGGUCGGACGAGUAGAGGGCUUCAGAACAGAGGCAACAGCUGUCACGCAUUCAUCAAGUGCAAUGCAAUGCUUUCGUGCGCUU